UAUAUAAUAAUGGAAGGUAUUUACAAAAUAAACUUGAUCGCAUGCGACUUGAGCGCAGAAGAAACUAUACUGCAGAUCGCGGAUACACUUGAAAACCUGAACGGGGUUAUAGAUGACGUAUUUUCUCGCCUCUCUUGCCGUAUAAAGCAGAACGUGGACAAAACUAGCAAAUUGAAAAACAGAAUAGAAACAUCAAGGAUGAAAGUAGAAAAGCUGACAGGGCUACAGAAGGCUAUUAAAGUGUUCUCGUGUGCUAAGUAUCCUGCAUCAAUUGUGCAUGAUCAUUAUCAUUCUGUAUUUGGUUUGGACGGAUACCAACACCAAUCUAAGAAUGUCACCCUGUGUGGUAAAAGCCGCGGACAAUCUGGCAGGAAGGAAUCGCAGGAGAAGCUUCAUUUCUAUCACGUAAAAGUGGCGGAACCUAAAAGAACACCUAAAGACGAUUUCGACUUCCAUUCUAUUAUUGACAAAGUGACAACGGUUGGGGAACUCUUGAUAUUCAACACCGAUGAAAUUCCAUACUUUGGUGCACCACCGAGCAAACCAGCAUAUGUGCCAACAGUUAGUACCAAUGUCGCGAGCAAAAGCUUACUGGAAGCUGCACCGACAUCUAUUGUGAAAAGAGAUGUAUUGAAAAGAGAAGUGGAUGAAUAUAUGUAUGCUCCAGGCAUUGGAAUGGUACCAGAAUUAGAGAUGCCACUGGAUUUGCCGCAUUUGCCGGGUAUAGCCGGGGAUGUCCAGUUCUCUAUAACAACUGAGGGAUCCAUAGCCCCGUCUGUGGUUACAUCCCCUGUAACCCCAUUGGUAACUCUGCCGGAAUCAGAACUACCCGAUUUGAAGGAACUGCCUGGCGCUGAAGAUCUUCCCGAUGUGAAAUUGGAAACGGCUAUAUCAGAAAUUCCCGACGCUCCAACAAUACCUGCCCCAGUUCCUUUAAGUUUGCAAGUUGCGCCUCCGCCACCCCCACCGCCGCCGCCGCCACCACCGCCAACAGUACCACCACCACCACCGCCGCCAACAUUACCACCACCACCAGCAGUGGAGUCUGUGACAUCUAGUAUUAACAAAGUUGACAAAAGUUCGGCGUCAUCGGCACCGCCGGUGGCCGGCGACGCCCACGCUAGCCUGAUGGCUGCGAUUCGUCAGGCGGGCGGGGCGGGCCGCGCCAAGCUCAAGUCUGCCGCCGAGUCCACUCCUGUAAAGAACCAAGUUGCGAGCGGUGGUGACCUAAUGGCUGACCUCCAUGCGAAACUGUCGAUGCGCCGGAAAGGCAUAUCAGGCGCGGAAAGGUCCGGUGGCUCUGUACUACACACCCUGGCUAGCAUCAUACCGGGACCUGACCUGUCCUCAGCGCAAAACUCCUCCACCGAUGACGACUGGGAGUAACAGCAUCUAACUUCAUUCUAUAGGGUAUCCACUGAAUCCUAUACUUCUGUAUAGCUUUUAAUUGUAAAUUUGUUAAGUUUUUUAAAUGCACGUUUUUUAGAUUAAAUUUAAUAAGCCGCGGCUUGUAGAUUGGUGUAUAUUCAUUACAGGAUGUACGUCUGAAAAUGCUGAACUUGUUUAGGUUGGAUUAUCUAAGUGUUGUUGGAUGGACGGCUCCCUUCCCCGAUCAUUUUUAUACGCGCCACAACAUUGUAACGAAACGACUUAAAGGUAAAUGUCAUUUCACACAAUUUAACCUUUUCCUCGUACUACCAUAAUAAGUUGAGAGGAGGCAGAUAAGGCCAUAUAAAAUAAACGUUGUUAAAUUAAAAGGAAGAAAAAAAUGUGGAAAUUUAUUGGCAUUAUAUUUACAUUAUUCUUUGGAUAUUAUGCAUCGAAAUUUAUAAUAUCUCUCAUGCAGGUUAUUUUAUCGAAAACAUGACCGUCAUUCUGCAUAUGUUGUAAACAAUUACAUAUCAGCAACCAGAUAUCAGCAUUACCAACUCGUUUUAAAUAAUAAAAUCAUAGUAUUGACGGCCAUCAUUAACUACUCAUAAUGACUGAUCU